GGCGGAGUUGGAGGCGGAGCAUUUACCGGCGGCAGCCUCUGCCUAGUACACUGGAGUCGCUGCGAAACGGAGAGACGGAGACUCUUGGACUGGAGGCAUGAUGGAGGCAAAGCAGGCGGCGCCCGACCGGCUCUCCUCCCUCCCAGCGGAGCUGCAGGACGAGAUCCUCAUCCGCCUCGACCUCAGGGACGCCGUGCGCACCUCCGCGCUCUCCCGCACCUGGCGGGACCUCUGGAAGUCGCUCUCGGUGAUCUCCCUCUCCUUCCCCUUCGGCACGCACCCUUCCGUCGUCGACAGCGUCCUCCUCCGCUACAUCGGCCCCCGCGUCUCUCUCUUCCGCAUCUGUGUCGACGACGCAUGUGCCGACCGCAUCGACGACUGGCUCAUCGCGCUCUCCCGCUACCGUGUCGAGUCCAUCGACAUGUGUGGCACACUCAGAUCACUCGGCAACUUCAAUCUCUACUCCUCCAUCUUCUCCUUAGGUGAUCUCGUGUCUCUGCUGCUGAAAAACUGCCGCAUCCCACCCCUCCCCGUAGGAUUCCCCGGCUUCCCCGCGCUCCAGAAGCUAGUCCUCGCCUAUGUUAUCUUCCCAUCGAACGGGUUCAAACAAUUGGAGGCUAUCAUUCGUCGCUCACCCUUGCUUCAUACCCUGCAUAUGUUUGACGUGUUCAUCCCUGGUGAAUACCCAGACUCAGUGAUCGAGGCGCCCAAUCUCCGUGUCCUGUCAAUCUAUUCACCGUAUGACUAUCGAUGGCGAUUUGGAGAGCUGUCGUGUCUCGAAUAUGCCAACAUUCAUGUGUUCCACUGUCCGCAGCAUGAACAUGAUUUUGGAGUUUUCCUUGCUCGGUUUGCUCACGUUCAAAAGUUCGGUCUCUUCUCUCCGGCUGUCGAUGUUAAGAUGCCUUAUACACUUCCAUUCACCUUUUAUAACUUGAAGAAAUUGCAGUUAUGUGUGGAUUUCAAUGAAAUUCACUCCAUUUUGUCCAUGUUUACCAUGCUAAGGAGCUGUCACAACCUUCAAAACUUAAAAAUAGAGUCGCGGCACGACAGUUAUGAGAGUUUUGAGGCAGAUUGGGAGUUCUUAAAUGCUCUGUGGACUGAUGGCAUGUGUGCCAAUCUUCAAAUUGUGCGCAUGAUUGAUAUCAUUUCGCUUCCGAAUGAAACUUCAUUUAUGAAGCUUAUACUUUCUAAAGCAACUCUUCUUCACACAUUAUAUGUUGGCGCACACCCAUAUGAUUUUGAUGAUCACAUAAUUGACAUGCUAAAAUGCGAAAGAGCUUCAGCUCAAGCUCGUGUACAGUUUGAAGGUUCGGAGCAACAGUGGUAGAUGUGGUGGCAACAUUGGUUCGCUUGAAUGAGACAAGACCCGCUUUUCCUGCACCCUGCUGAAGUGUUUUUUUGUUUGUCUCCGUCAUCACAAUGAUACACGAAUCAUGUAGAAAAUGGCUUAUCCAGGGAACCGGCUUGAUUUGUUUGUCUUGUUGAGAAGAAGCUGAUGUGGUAUUAGUUGUUCAUUUGUUCAUUAGGGAUAUCCGUGGCAGCAAGCGCCCAGAGUCGUUUGGUUUUUGCCUGAGUAGGUGAAAUUCGGACCUCCAGAACUUGUUGCUUGCUGAGCUCGCCAUGGAGUGUUUGUUUCUAGCUAACGUUCUUCUCUGUUUGGUGAAAGCUGCUCCCCUUUACUUCAUACUCCUGUUUGUUUUGUUGUCCGGUUCCAGUUAACGAGCUGAAUCUAUUUCCAACAUUAGUUUCCCUGAUUUCUAUUUG